AGAUUACCACCAGUCGUCGUGGGACCGCAAAUCCACUCGCAGCCCAUCACCUUACCAGCGUGGCCUUCCUUACAAUGAUGAUGAUGUCCCGCGUUACCAGUCUCGCAAUGACGCAGCGCGGAAGUAUGGCAACGCAGCGAACGGCGAUAUCGAAAAGAACGAAACGCCGUCUCACAUGCUCGUGGUUCAGUCCCUUAAGCCAACGACCGAUGAAGAGCUCUUCGCCAAGGGGAUCAUGAAGCUCUACAAAUCUGAGGAGGAGGAAGCCGCCGACAAGGCACGCCAAUCCUCCACAGGCUUGAAGUCCACAUCGACCCCAAGGAACUUCGGCGCCAGGAAAGACAGUCUGAAGCGCGUCUUCCUGAUCCGCGCCAAGGACAGCGGAGAGAGCUGUGGCUAUGGCUUGGCAGAGUUCCACACGAUCGAGGAUGCCAAAGCCGCCUAUGCCAAAUACAGCGCAAUGAAGAACUUCACCAUCGGCUCGAAAGACGCCUUUGUUUCCUACGCUCAUCUUGGUGUUUUCAUUCCUGCUUUCGAGGACGGCGACCCGGCCUUCACUUUCCAGGCAACAGCCGAUCAAACUAUGCGCCUUCAGUAUCGCGACCCUCGUCUGUUCGGGCGCGAGCACACGGUUACACACAACCCUCCGGAAGUGGCUGAAUCAUCAACGCCACAGCAAAAAGAAGAUCAACAGGGCAAGGCUAAGGCCGAGCAGGAUGCCAAAGCUAAGAACAAGAAAAGAAAGGCAGAGGAAGGAGUGAGUGUGUCAAACAAGAAGCCUACCAUCAUCAUGGCCGACAAGUUCAGCCAAUGGAACCAACGGGAGAAGGAACAACGCAAAGACGUUCAAAACCCCCCACCUGUCACCCGUCCCAAGCCUUCUAUGUCGGCGGACGGCUUGGUCGACUUUGCCGGGUUGAAGUGCUAUGUUUGCCUCAGGAACUUCAAAACCCUGGAUCUGCUCAACGUACACAUCGACGGCUCCGACUUGCACGCCAACAGAUUGAAAGACGAAUCCGCCAUAGUUAAGGGCUGGGAAAGGCUCAAGAAGGACAAGCCUGACACUGUCAUUCCGAAGCCUGGCUCUGAACAGCAUCCAGCGCCGCCUCAGCGGCGCCAAAACGUGGCCAACAACCCGGACGUUCUGGCUCAGAACGGCCAAUCGAAGCCGUUGAAUGCGGAGAAACCGAAACCAUCUGCCAACGACGGACCGAAGCAGCCCGUCGACAAGGAACCGAAGUUGUCGAAAGGCGAGAAGUUAAUGGCUAAGAUUGGCUUCAAGGGCGGUAGUCUGGGGGCCAGCGGGGAAGGCAUCACGGCAGCAAUUCAGCCGCAGAUGUACCGCCCCGGAGUUGGGUUGGGGGCCGAGGGCGGCAAAUUGGGAGAUGCACUCGAGGUUGCUGAGAAGAGCUACGUCGAAAAGGGACGGGACUCGGCGAGGGAGCGCUUCGAGCAGUUGAGCCGGGAUCGGAAUUGAGAGGUGGAAUGGCAAUGGUGGGAAUGGGAGAAAUGAUUGAAUACCAAAGGAUGGAUGGACAUGGCAUGUGGAUUAGAUGGCGGCGGGGGACAUUGCUUU